GGCGUGUUCCUUUAAGGACAUUCAAAAUAUAGCAACAAAAACGAACAUUCUUUCUCACUAAACAGCUAUUUAAAAAUGAAAAACAACUUUUUUUUUUCUAGGUUAAUUCAGACCCUGGAAGUCCCCCCAAAGCUCUGUGGCAUCAUCCCGGCUUCCUCCAUCAUGUCAGAGACUCGACCAACGCCUGCACAAACUGAGCUGCCUUCAGAGUCUCCAGAGGUGGAGUGUCCAGUCUGCUAUCAGGAGUACGACCAGGUCUCUAAACUCCCGCGCAUGCUGGAAUGCCUUCACGUCUUCUGCACCGAGUGUCUCCGCAAAAUCCAGCUCACUCCUUUGCACCCGCCUGACCCCAACAGCGCCCCCUCGAUCUCCUGCCCCCUGUGCCGCCACUCCACCCCGCUACAGGGUGGCGACGCUUACUCUCUCCCCUGCAACUCACGGAUUCUCGCCCAGCUCCCUCCCGUUGCCUUCCGCCUGCCUGCGUCGGUGUCGGCCCGGCUGGCCACGGUGACCCAGCGCCUGGUUCUGUCCCUGGGGGAGAGGGACACCCGCUUCAUAAUCCUGCCCACUGUUAGUCUGAGGGUGGAGCAGAUGGGAGACCGCACAGAACGGGAAAACCCUCCUGGGGUGCUGCUUCGAGAGAUGGAGGUUUUGAGGAGACACAAGAAGAGCCUGAUGUGCGUUCAGGUUCUGGCUAUCGUCUUCUGGAUUUCGUUUGUGCUGACUUGUGUUUUUGGGGUUGUGUUUGGGCCAAGAUUUUUUCACAAUUAAGAAGUUAAUGACAUGGGUGUAUAUCCUCUAAAUGCAUUCCUUUAUUUAUUCUGUCCCCGCGUCUUCCAAAUGAGAACUUUUAGACCAUUAUAAAUAGAUCGUUUUGAUGACUGACAGGUUGAGCAGUUAAAUCUACAGUUGCCCUAAAAUAUUUGAACAUUUAAAAUGUGUGAAUGUCAUUGGAUUAAAAGACUAAAUAUAAGCCAAUUGGCAUUUUUAGAUAGCAUGAGCAGAGUUUAAGCUAAACAUUUCAGGGUAUUCAAAGUUUUUUUAAACAUGAUUUUGUUAAAUAUAAAGUAUUGUGACACCUGGUUGUCAAAUGGGAGAGGAACAUAAAUUAAACACACAUAUGGCAAUUUAUCUGUUCAAAAAAAUACCUCACCUGUUGAGUAAUAAAAACAUCAUCUCUGCAUUGCUUUUACAACAUUUCAAAUCCCUCAGUUCUCGACCAUCUCCAAACAGCCAAGCUAAUGUUGAUUCUUGUUUUAUUACGAGCUAUGUCUCGUUCUCUUUUUACCAGCAGACUCUCCUCUGUUCGGCGUUUGCUUUAAACGGGUGAUUCCCAGAGGUUUGAGAUUUAACUGCUCAAUGUCAACCUUUCUCACUCUUUGUGAAACUAGCCUCUGUCCCUUCCACACCAGACACACGUCAAAGUAGCCGGAGAAACUUCUCUCUAUUUACGAAUAUGACGAGACGCGCACAGGCGAGUGAUGCAUGUACGCAAUUCCCCGCGAAAACCAUCCGACAGGUCUAAAAUAGGCUUACCGUAGUAAAUCAGGGUGAGACAAAAACACGUUUUAGAAGAAGGAUUGAUUGUGUAUUGAUUGACUCAUGAUUUAAAUUUAGGGAAUUUUAAACAAAAACAAAAAGUUACAUAGUGUACCUUUAAAAGAAAUGGGACAAUUGUGAGGUUAGUUCUGAGAAUAGCUCUACUCAAGUGUCUUGAAGAUGGUUUAAUAUUUUGUUUAAUUCAGUUUAUUUGAUACAUUCAAGUGUUCAAAUACUUUAUGGGCUCUCUAUAUAUGAAUUAAUUUAGUUCAUAUUACAAUGUGUGUAUAGUCUUACAGUUAUCCCUGUCCUUGACUGUUAUGUGAAUAUUUAUCUACAUAUUUUGUAAAUAAAGAAUGAUAUUCUCUCUUUUCUCAAAUUGUAUGUAUGUUGUUUUUUAAGCAAACAUGUAGAAUAUAGAAAAGAAAACCUCAUUAGUUUUUUGAUUGUCAUUUGAAUGUAAGAUGUGUUGAUCUGUAAGUGUCUGAAUGCAUUGCAGCAUCAUGGAGACCGUCCAGAAUGGGCUUUUUCAGAAAUGAUAAUGAGUCCCUCUUGUGGAUGAUACACAGGGAUACAUCUGUGAAUGUUUUGAUGGC